GGAGGGAGGGGAACGUGUUUUGAAAGUUUGGAGAAAGUUUCGACAUUUUUGGGUUUGGAAAGAGUGACUUCAGACACACAGACACACAGACAGACAGACAGGGUGUAGACAGACAGACACACAGACAGACAGGGUGUAGACAGACACACAGACAGGUAGGUCACACACACACAGACAGCUCUGCCUCCAGGAGACACACCGAGACCUCGCCGUGCUCCCAGCCGGGUGAAGGAGCGCAUCUGCCGGCAUGACGAUCGAGUUCGCCCCGCUGAACAUCCCCCUGCGGAGGAGGCUGCAGACGGCGGCGGUGCUGCAGUGGGUCUUCUCCUUCCUGGCAUUAGCUCAGUUCUGUUUGGCUGCCUUCAUCCUCCUCCUGCUCUCUGAUUGGUGGAUUCUGGCUGUGCUCUAUGCUGGUUGGCUGUUUCUGGACUGGGACACGCCCACCAGUGGGGGUCGGAGGUCACAGUGGGUUCGCAGCUGGAGCGUCUGGGAUUACUUCAGGGAUUACUUUCCUAUAACGCUGGUGAAGACGGUGGACCUGGACCCCAAACACAACUACAUCUUUGGUUUCCAUCCACAUGGUGUGCUGGUUGCAGGUGCCUUCGGCUCCUUCUGUACUGAGUCCACAGGUUUCUCUCAGUUGUACCUGUCUCUCUCUCAGUCUCUCUCUCUCUCAGUUGUACCUGUCUCUCUCUCUCUCUCUUUCUCUCUCAGUUGUACCUGUCUCUCUCUCUGUCUCUCUCUCUCAGUUGUACCUGUCUGUCUCUCAGGUGUACAUGUACCUGUCUCUCUCUCAGUUGUACAUGUACCUGUCUGUCUCUCAGGUGUACAUGUGCCUGUCUGUCUCUCUGUAGGUGUGCUGGUUGCAGGUGCCUUCAGCUCCUUCUGUACUGAGUCCACAGGUUUCUCUCAGUUGUUUCCUGGUCUCACUCCUCACCUGCUCAUGCUGCCGUUCUGGUUCAGAGUUCCACUGUUCAGAGAAUACAUCAUGUGUGGAGGUCUGGUGUCCAGUUCAAAGUCCAGUCUGGGUCAUCUGGUCAGCCGGCCGGAGGGAGGGAACGUGGCGGUGCUCGCAGUGGGCGGAGCCCCAGAGGCUCUGGACGCACGGCCCGGAGCGUUAACUUUACAGAUCCUCAACAGAAAAGGCUUCAUCAAACUGGCUCUGAAACACGGGGCUCAGCUGGUUCCGGUGUUUUCCUUUGGAGAAAACGAGCUCUUUGAUCAGAUGGAGAAUCCAACUGGAUCUGCACUGAGGAGGCUACAGAACCGGCUGCAGAGCAUCAUGGGAGUAGCUCUGCCUCUGUUUCACGCCAGAGGAGUUUUCCAGUACAGCUUCGGCCUGAUGCCGUACCGACAACCCAUACACACUAUAGUGGGCAGUCCUAUCUCUGUUUCUCUCACUCCCUCUCCUGACAGUUCUGACAUCAGUCGUCUUCAUAAACUUUACCUCCAGAGUUUAACCGACCUGUUUGAACAGAACAAACUCAAGUAUGGACUGAAGGAGGACCAGCACCUGACCUUCAUCUGACCUCUGACCCCUGACCUCUGACUUCACCUUCAUCUGACCUCUGACCCAUGACCUCUGACCUCUGACCCCUGACCUCUGACCUGUUUGAACAGAACAAACUCAAGUAUGGACUGAAGGAGGACCAGCACCUGACCUUCAUCUGACCUCUGACCCAUGACCUCUGACUUCACCUUCAUCUGACCUCUGACCCAUGACCUCUGACUUCACCUUCAUCUGACCUCUGACCCAUGACCUCUGACCCCUGACUGUUGACCCCUGACAUCACCCACAGGAAUAGUGGACCCACUAAAGAUGACGGUUCCAGUCUUCAGGUGGACCAGGUCCUGGUCUGGUGGUCUGAAAGUGGGCCAGGUCCUGGUCUCGGACCAGGGUCUGAUUGGUGUGGAUGGAUCCUAUGGGACAAGUCUUUCCAUAAUGACCAGAUGACCUCUGUGUUGACCUUUAACCUCUGAACUAUAGACCACGCCUCCUAAUCAGAUGGAACCUUACCUACAGAACAUCUACAGAACAUCAACAGAACCCAUCACCUACAGAACACCAGUGGAACAUCAGCAGAACCCAUCACCUACAGAACACCAGUGGAACAUCAGCAGAACCCAUCACCUACAGAACCUCAGCAGAACCCAUCACCUUCAGAACAUCUGCAGAACCCAUCACCUACAGAACCUCAUCAAAACCCAUCAGAACCUCAGCAGAACCCAUCACCUACAGAACAUCUGCAGAACCCAUCACCUACAGAGCCUCAGCAGAACCCAUCCCAUUGGGGAAACCUGUAUUAACAUGCGUUAAUGUUCUGUUUUGAUCAACAGUGGAACCAAUGACAGGUUUAGUUCUGUGGCAGUUUAGAACCAACCCACAGGUUCUGCAGUUUAGAACCAACCCAAAGGUUCUAUAGUUUAGAACCAACCCACAGGUUCUGCAGUUUAGAACCAACCCACAGGUUCUGCAGUUUAGAACCAACCCAAAGGUUCUAUAGUUUAGAAC